ACCAUUUCUAGUUCAUAAUAUCCCUUCUUGCUUUCUCCUCAAAUGGAUCCACAAAAGCUGAUAAAUUUUAGAUCAUUUCCCUAUGUAAUGAUCAUCUUCUUGAUCACCUUAGCAAUGGCACCCGGAACCAUGUCCGCCGACUCACACUUCGAAGCUUGUAUGCCUCGAAGCUGUGGUAACGGUCCCGAUAUAAGCUACCCUUUUUGGAUUUUCAAAGAACAAGAAUCGUUCUGCGGCUAUCCGAACUUCGAGAUCACCUGCAAAGAGAAAGAUCCUAUACUCAAAAUUUCUGAGGAAACUUACAUCAUCAGAGAUAUAUUUUACAACAACAAUUCAUUGCUUGUUGUCAAUUCUGUUGUUCAUGAGGAUCAUUGUCCGACUCCCUGGAAAAAUGUUAGUCUCGAUCGAACUCCGUUUAGCCUUAGUCCUGAUAAUGUCAAUCUUUCCAUUUUAUACUACUGUGAGGGGCAACCGACGUACCAUACAUAUCCAGUAAGUUGUGCUAGCAAUACUUCAUUCCAUUCCUUCGCUGUUUUCCACAAAGAAGCUUUGGAGAAUACUAAUUACUCGAUCGAGUCAUGCCAAACUCUGAUCGAAUCCCCCGUGUACGUCAACGACGGUGUUAGUUUCGUUAGCUUAUUACGAAUGAAUUAUACCGACGUUUUGAAGUUGGGGUUCGUUUUGAACUGGAUUGCACAUAGUUGCAGCAACUGUAAGAGAAGUGGAGGCCGCUGCGGUUUCGGUAAUACUGAUGAAUUCGUUUGCUUUUGCUCGGACGGACCUCAUCCUAAGACCUGCAACGACGGUAACUGCAUAGGGCAUACACCUUUUUUUCUUUUUAUUUCAGGUGGUGGUUCUAACUUGAAUAGAAAGCUGCUCAUCGGCAUUGUUAGUGCAGCAAGUGGUCUACUGAUCAGUGGUAUCAUCCUUGUAUGUUUUAGAAGAAAUAUCUCGUGCAUUACAACAGCUAAAUUUCUGAGGAAAUUCACAAACAAAGAUCAAGAUCUUGAGGCUUUCCUGAGAAACAAUGGAACCCUGACUCCUAAAAGAUACAGUUAUUCAGAAGUGAAGAAGAUGACGGGUUCAUUCAAAGAAGAGCUCGGAAGAGGAGGUUAUGGAAGUGUUUACAAAGGGAAGUUACCCGACAACCAUCUUGUUGCCGUCAAAGUGCUCAAUACCUCGAAAGGAAACGGCCAAGAGUUCAUCAAUGAAGUUGCUAGCAUCAGUCGAACGUCUCACGUUAAUAUCGUCACCCUCUUAGGGUUUUGUUUGGAGGGUGGGAAAAGAGCGUUGAUUUAUGAGUUCAUGUCGAAUGGAUCUCUAGAAAAAUUCAUCUACGGAAUGACAUCCGGCGACGAUGGUCGGGUCUUGACAGUGGAAGAAUUGUAUCGAAUCGCGAUCGGAAUUGCUCGGGGACUUGAAUACUUGCACCUCGGCUGCAACACUCGCAUCCUGCAUUUCGACAUAAAGCCUCAUAACAUUCUUUUAGACCAUGAAUUCCAUCCGAAGAUCUCCGAUUUCGGGCUUGCGAAACUAUGUCACGGGACGGAUAGUGUCGUAUCGAUGAUAGAAGCUAGGGGAACGAUCGGUUACAUUGCUCCCGAAGUGUUUUGUAGGAACAUCGGAAGCGUUUCUCAUAAAUCGGAUGUGUAUAGCUAUGGGAUGAUGAUUCUUGAGAUGGCUGGAGGAAGAAAGAACCUUGAUGUUGGGGUACAUGAGACGAGUGAGAUAUAUUUUCCACAUUGGAUUCAUCAGAAUCUUGAGCAAGGCAAUAUUGAGCCGGAAUUACUUGGUCUUUUGAAUGAAGAAGAAACGGAAAUUGCAAGGAAGAUGAUAAUAGUUGGCUUGUGGUGCAUACAAACUAAUCCCAAGGAUAGGCCUAUUAUAAGUAAGGUCAAAGAAAUGUUAGAAAGCAAAGAAGCCUUGCAAAUUCCACCAAAGCCAUAGUGGAUAGAGAGGUGUUGGGUUGCGAUCAUAUCAUCAUUCUGUUAUUUUCUAGUGUUUCAACACAAUGCAACUGGUUUGGGUA